AUGGCCGCUGAGCCUGAGGCCAUACGUAGUAUCAAUGCUGAGGCCGAUUCCAUGACAGAGCCUGAGGAAGAGGAAUGCUCUUCUGUGGAGCUGAAAAUUUUGCAGAGAUAUACCUGGAAACUCCACGAAGCGAAUAUUGAGCCAAUGAGGCUGGUGUUAGACCUGGUCACACAUGGUUUUGUUACUUGGAUGGCAUAUCAGAGGAUCAAAGGAAUGGCAAGCUGUGAAACUCAAAGUUAUGUAAUAAUUAAUGGCCUACUACGAGUUGUGGCCCGGCAGAGAGAAAAAUUUCAUAGGUUGCUUCAAAUAUUGAACGAACAUCCUCCAUUGCUAUCUAUUGUUGCUGAUAAGAUAAAAGAUGAAUAUCAAGGAAUACUUCUGGCUGAUCAAACUCUUCAAGUUGACGAGCAUGUAUCUAAUUUGAGAGAAUUCAUUUUUGAAUUUAAAAAAGUAGUGGAAACUGCAAAUAUCAAUAUUGAUGAUCUUGGAAAAUUUAUUAUUUCAUACCACCCUAACAAGGAGUGUCAAAGCAAAGUGAAAGAUGCAAAUGACAUUGAUGAUAUAUUUUUUGUCCUACAUACUACGUUUUGCUCUUUCUUCAAUUAUUCUAUACUUGUUAAAAUAGCUGAAAACUUUAAACUCUCUGAUGGUUUUAAAGUCAUACUAACUUACGAAUUUGAGAAUAAUAAUCAUCAAAAAAAUUUGGCAAGUAUAUCUCUGGCUGAAGAGCUUCAAAAAGAGAAUGAAUGUUUUGAUUAUUCCAUGUAUCAAUGUAUGAUAAUCCUGGGGCUGCAAACAUCAUUAGCUGAGCAUCUCACAAUAUUGGAGUUUAAAGAAUUUAUCAAAAGAGCACUUUACGACUAUGGUGACUACCUUCAUCUUCUUAAAAUAGAAAUUGCUACAGAUUCAUUUGUUGAAUCAACAUUCUGUGCUCCUAAUGAAGUAAUGCAUGAUCUUAUUUCUCAAGCUGAAGACAAGACAGCAUGCCUUAAAGACAUUGGAGUUAACAAAUUGAUCAUUGGAGACACUGUCAUCAUAGACAAUAUUGAAGAUGCAGGAAAGAAUGCAAGACAUUGGGAGGCUUAUUUAGAGGAGUAUACUGAUGCUGCAGCGAAUAGUAAGACUUUCUUUCAAAAUCCAAGUGAAGCUACAAUUAAAAUGUUUUGUGACUACUUGUCAAAAUCAAAAACUAAUCCUGAUACUCAUGUACUUGUGAAAACUGUCAUUCUUGUUUUGACCUAUGGUGAUGGUUUUAUUUCACUCAUUCCUGAGAAAUGUCUUAAUACUGCCAAUGUCUCUGGCCUUUUUUCUGCACUGAAGUGCUUUCUUCCUCACUUAGAUGCUUCAUUAAAGAAAGAAGUAAUUAGUUUUCUCAUCAAUAAAUGUGAGCCUUUCAGAAAUGUCAUAGUUGAGGGCAAAUUUGUAACAGAGUCUCACACAUGUUCACAAUGGUUGUACGAGGAAGGCGUGUUAUCUCUAAAUAUCUACCAAUUACUGCAUGAUAUGCAUUACAUGAAUAAUCUAACCCUGUCUCUGCUUAAUGCACUUGUCCUGGAUGAUAAGCCUGAAAUCAUCACAUUUCUUAUGUCAAAAUGCAAUGUCUCUCCUUCUAAACUUCAGAAAAUGGCUACUUUCGCCUGUAAGGAAAAGAACCUAAUUAUAGCAUCAUUGUUCCUUGAACAGAUGAAAUCUUUCACAGUCGAUGUCGUCAAAGGUUUUUCAAAAUACUUUGAUGUGGAAACAUUUAAAGAAUUUCUUCAGACACGCUGCAGUCCUGAAAAAAAGGGAGAGCUUCUAAAUUUUUGCUUCUGCUCUGAUAAGAUAGAAAUAGAUAAGAGAAGAAAAUUUGCCAUGGCUAUUUUGGAAUCUGGCUGCAUUGAUACAUCAAAGAUUAAUCUUUGUGAUGUUUUAAAGUAUCCAAAAUUUCUCCUUCUUUCUGAUGUAUCAUUUCUUGAGAAGCUAGUCAGCGCAGGUGUUUCUUUCGAUUCAAGUCUUCUACACGAAGCUGUUAAGUUAAUUGUUGAUAGAAUUGAAAGCUACACAAUUGAGCCCGAGCGGGUUGAACUAAUAUGUAUUUUACUAGAAAAUGGAGCAGAUGUCAUUGGCUUAGAAGCUGCUUACAGUGGUAGCGGUGGGACAGUUGUUCAUGCUGCUACAGAGCUGGCUCUUCAAGCAAAGUCUCUUCACAUUUUGAAGCUGGUUUGUGGUAAAACAGAUGUUUCUAAGUGUCUUUAUGAUGAUAAGAAGAUGACUCCUUUACAUGUUGUUAUGAAGGAAACUGAAUGUGAUGAAGUUAGCAUUGAAAUAUGCCGCUUUCUUUGCAAUGAAAAAAAGAUAGAUCCCUGUAUUAAGGACUGUGAUGGCCUCAGUGCAGAAGACUAUUGCGAUGAUAAGAAUGAUAAGCGUUUAAUGAUUCUCAGGAAAGCAAGCUCUUUACAUUCCUAUCCUCAUACUGUGGGGAAAAAAGUAAAAAAUCAAAAGAUGUCCCUAAAAGCUAUUCCUGAAAGUGAAGGUCUAGAUCAAAAAGAAGCACUUGAUAAAACAGACCAAUUUAAUGAUUCUAUUGCCCUUAACCCCGUCAAGAAAAUUAGUCCAAGCAGCUCCCUUGACACCAGAUCUACUUAUAAGCGAAGUUCCCAUCAAGCUGACAAAUCAAAACGCACCCCUCUGCAUGUUGAAACUAUGACCUAUAAGAAAAUGGAACGGCUUUUAGUAAAUGCAUUGGAUGAAGACUCAAGUUAUUUUGCAUCUAAAAGACCAGUCAAUCCGACUAGUCAUCCUACAAAUGAAAACCAUGAUGUCAAUGACAUCAUAGAUGAGAGUGAAGGUGAUGCUGAAGAACUUAAGAUUUUAAAUGAAGAAGCAAAGUAUGAGGUAUUUUGUUCUCCACGUGUCAAGAAAUUUUUUGAAACUGCUCAACCUAAGUUAGUUGAGCGUGUGUUAUGUACCAUUAAAAAGCUUGCUUGUGGUCAGGCUAAAGCCAGACUUAACAAAAAGGCGCAUUCAAAAGUUCAAACAAUGUAUCAAGGAAAUGUUGAUUCAGCAAAAAGAGUACUUUGGUAUAAAACAGUUUUAUAUUGUCCUUCAAGACACAGCCAUUGUAAAGUACUGGUGAUUGUAGAUGUAAUAAUAGAUCACAAAAAAUUAGACAAGGCAGUGAAAAAUGCAGAGAAUUGGAUCAAGCGUGGUAGAGAAGAAGGUGGGGUGUAUACAGUUGACCUCAUUUCUGAAGGCAAACCAUCAUGUUACAAACCGGUCAGUGUGCCUAGUGAAACAUCAAAGGAGGUCUUAUUUAUGAUGAAAGAUGAAUAUGGAGCAGUACCAAUUUAUUCUUUACCUGAGUAUGUUCUAAAAAUGAUAAGAAACAGCCCAUCAGUUAGUAGAUUGGGCUUGCCUCUAAAGUUGUCAUAUCAAGAGCAUUGCAUUGUUGAUAUGGAUCCUGAUGAGACUGCUAUUGCUAACAUGUCUUACCAGGAGAGUACUAUUUUAGUUGUUGGGCGUUCUGGGACAGGCAAAACAACCUGUUGCCUUUCACGUAUGUGGGAAGAGUUUCGUCAUUACUGGGAAAUACUUAACGACACUGAUGAACCAAUCAUUCCUCGCUUAACUCAUUGGAGACAAAAUAGCAAGAUUGAAGAACCUUCUGAAUCAAAUGAUGAACUUUUAGCCAGCUGCAUGUCUAAAACAGAAGAACAAGCAGUUCCUGGCGAAGACAAAUGUGAUCACUUACAUCAAGUGUUUGUAACCAAGAGUCCUUAUCUUUGUCAAGAAGUCAAGCAUAGGUUUUAUGACUUGGUUUCCAGUCACCAUUUAUUGCACAAGAAGCAUUUAGGAUUAGAGCAUGCAGCAUUGCCAACCUCGUUUAAUGAUCUACAACAUUUCCCCCUUUUUAUUACUUCAAGGCGUUUGCUAAUGUUGAUGGAUAGUACUCUUAGCAACGAUUCUUAUUUUAGAUGGAACAACGGAGAGCUUCGUGACAUAAUUGCAAAUUCAGAGCAAUUGUUCAAUGAAGAAAAUAUCGGCUCAUUGGAUGAUGUAGUUGAGUUCGAGUCUGAUUCUGAAGAUGAAAAUGAAAAUGAAUUACAUAGAGAUAUUGUCACUGAUGGCUGUAAAUCUGGUAGAACAAUGAUAGAAGUUACUGCAUCGUUAUUUCAAAAUCAAAUUUGGGACAAGAUAGCAUCUCAUAAAAUUUUGAAAACAAUGAAAAUUGACCCGAUUUUAGUUUGGCAAGAAAUUAAAUCCUUUAUCAAGGGAUCAAUUCUCUCUCUUACAUCUGUGAAUGGCUAUCUCUCAAAAGAAGAAUACUUCAAAAUCGGCAAAAGUAAGGCACCAAAUUUUACACAAAACAGAGAAGUUAUAUACACAUUGUUUCAAGAAUACCAAAAAUAUUGCAAAUACCCAAUGGAAAAGGGACAGGAGUAUUUUGAUGAAUGCGAUUUACUUCACCAUCUUUACAAGCAUCGCUCAAAGUUUUCAUGUAUUAUUCACAAUUUUUAUAUUGAUGAAGUUCAAGAUUUCACUGAAGCUGAGCUUUAUUUGCUUCUUAGUUUAUCUCACUGUCCCAAUGGGAACUUUCUGUGUGGUGAUUCAGCCCAGAGUAUAAUGAGGGGAGUAUCAUUCAGAUUUACUGAUGUUCGUUCUCUGUUUUAUGAAUUAAAAUGUUUGAAAAUUUAUCAAGGUAAAGUUGUUGUCCCUGAUGAACUACACUACUUGACUGUUAAUUACAGGGCACAUGCUGGAAUAGUAAAUAUUGCAAAUAGUGUAAUUGAGUUACUGGGUCGGUUUUUUAAAGAUUCAUUUGAUGCUAUACCAAAAAGUAUUGAAAAUAUCACAUAUUCUGAUGUGAUGCCUACUCGUAAACCAUUACUUCUCUGUCAUGACAGAAGUCCUGAAGAUAUGUUAGCUAGGAAUCAAUUUGCAAUGGAUGAAGUGCGUGAGAUUGAUUUUGGAGCUCAUCAAGCUGUCAUUAUUCCAUCAAAAGAGACUGUAAUUCCAGAAUCACUUAAGAAUUCUCUUGUAUUUACAGUUCUUGAAGCAAAAGGGCUUGAAUUUAAUGAUAUUUUACUUUUUAAUUUUUUUUCUAACUCACAAGUUAGCAUAAAAAGCUGGGAACUUGUGAGUGCCUAUACUUGUUUAGAAGUUGAAAAAUCUAAAAAGAAAAUAGCCACAAAAUAUAUUCCUGUUUUAAAAAAUUUUGUUGAAUCUGAGCACAAGGCUCUUAAUGCUGAACUAAAAUGUUUGUAUACAGCACUCACUCGUGCGAAAAGAAAUUUAUGGAUCUAUGACAACUUUGAUAAUGAGAGUGAAAGUCAACAUCCAAUGUAUGAAUUUUUCGUUAAAAAAGGCCUAAUAAAAGAAUUCAAUGAAUCUGUCAUUGACUUUACAACUGAAGAGAGCACAGCAGAAGAAUGGAAGGCAGCUGGAGAUUUUUUCAUGUCAAGGCAAUUGUGGGAACAGGCUCAAACUUCUUACUUGAGAGCUCAAGAUGCAAGUCGUUUAUACCAAGUUCAUGCUUUUAUGGAAGCCAAAAAAUGUAAAUUCUUGAAUGCAGCAGGAUACUUUUUAAAAGCUGGCAGCAUUCUUAAUGACAGAAAAGUGCUCAUUAGAGCUGCAAAGUGCUUUAAAGCAGCAACUUUUAAAAUUUCCAAGGAUGAAAAAAUACAUUGCUAUGAUGAAAUUGCUCAAUUUUUAGAAAAACUUGGAAAAAUAAAGCUAGCUGGCGAGUUUUAUAUAUUAGCUGAAGAAUAUGACGAUUUUAUUAGAUUAUGUGAAGAAAGAAGAAGAUGGAACAGGGUUAUAUCGCAACUUUUAGCUUCUAAACAGAAUAUCAGAGCACUAAAAAAAGCUAUAGAAUAUGGAGUUAAAGUUACUAUUGAAGAUUUUGAAGUUAGAAAUUUGGCCCAUAAAUGUGUAAGAUAUUUCAUGAAAAAUGAAAGCGAAUCAUUUGUUAAAGAAGUGAUAACUAAUGAGUUAAAAGACAAAAAUUUAGUAGCUAAGUAUCUGGCAGUAUACAAGUUUCAUGAUGAUGUCUUAGAUUUUUACAUUUUAUCUGAUGAAUACAGCAAAGUUUUAGAAUAUUCUUGGAAACAUGGUCUUUAUGACCGAGGUUUAGAAAUUGCAGAAAUUAUGGACCAAGACCAAGAAAUAAAAUUUUUACUUUGUCGUGCAUAUGCCAAACUAGCUGGUGAAGGUGAUGUGAAAAAAACUGUAGAAUCAUUGGAGCGUGCAAUGACUAAAUUUUGUAAUAAAAAUUUUGAUGCUCAAGUAUUGAUGCUAAAAGCUAAAUUUUGUUGUGAUAUAUCAGCAUGCAAAAAGGCAAUUUGUAUGUUUGAAGAGCUCCAAAAUGAAGGUGGAGUGAUAGAAGCUGUAAAUAUUCUUUAUUCCAUGCUUGAAAACCCGUCUGCUACUGAUGUGCUCAAAUUUUCUUUGAGAGCAACACGAUUGUCAAAAGUUUUCCAAACCAGAAAAAUAUCUCAGACUGAAUCUAAAUGGAUAUUGCUAUACUUCGAAUUAAACCAAAUGCAAUUGCUUCCAGAUAAUUCUGUUUUAGUUCCACCAUGUCAAGCCCAUUGGCUUCAACUACAAUUAAAUAGCACUUCUAUUUCAAGAGAAAACUUGAAUCAAAAAAUUCAGGAACAUUUUAAAAAGUGCUAUGAAAGUUGGCUAACAAAAAUUAGCGAGAAAGAUGCUGCUGAAUCACUCUCAUUUUUUAGAAAAAGCUCCAGCUCUGAAUACCCUUACAUAAUUGGUGAUAUUGAAUUGUGUGCGACUUUUCAUAACUUUUUUGAUUCCAAGAUACAGAUGCAUCUAUUAAAUAUCUUAUUGGCUCCCUUCACUCUUUUCAAUAUUUUUCAAAAUUCUGCCUGGCAACAACAUCAUUUGCAAUCUAUUCAAGCUAACACAGCUAUUCUUAACAUGUGCAAGGCUGAGUAUAAGAAAGUUUUGAAUAAACAAAUUUGCCAAAAUUUCAAUUCACUAGAUCAGUGCAUAAAAUUAUGGAGACUAAGUUUAAUCACCACUGGUAGUACAAUUGAACUUCGUGAUGAAUUAAAGAAUACCAAAACAGUAGAUAUCAAGUUUUGUAUUGAAGCUGAUUCUAGUCAUAUUUUUUGCUCGUGGAUUGAUUUUCCCUUUUCCAUGACAGAAUUUUUAAGCAGCACCAAUAAUGAGCUACUUCAAAAAAUAAUUCAUUCACCCGAAACUUUAGCAUCUAUAUCAUGUGAAAACCUUCUUUAUAUUUUAAUAGUUCAGAGCAUCUCUUCAAUAUUUUUUAUUUCAAUGUAUGAACAUGAUAAAACAUUCUUUGUGCCUCAAAUUUUUAGCUUCGUUAUAAACAACUUUAAUAUUCUAGUUUCUCCAGAGUUUUCUAUAAUAGAGUCAUGUAGCAAGGAAAGUGAAAUAUAUAGACUUAAGUACCGAGAUGCUUUAUCGCUCCUACAAAAUAUACUCAUACUGCUUCAAAAUAAUUGUGCCUCCUGUUUUCUUAGUCAUGAAAAUCAUCAAGUUAUGAUAUGCUAUUUCAUUUUAAUUCUGACACUGUAUACCAAUAUACUUAUUGCUGAAUCCAAGCCAGAUGGUUUUUAUUAUAAGAACUGCACCCUCUUAGCAACAGAAUUACAACCAUCUGCAUCAGAAGUUGUACCAUUCUUUGCAAAAAAAAUUUACAAUAAAAUAAUUGCUGUUUCGUGUUUUAAAGAUAUUUUUAAUGUUUUCGAUGAACUGCUAAGUGAAGCUCAAAAUAAGACAAUGAAUCAAAUUUGGUUUGAUGGCAAGAAAAUUGAAUAUAACCGAAUUUUAUGUGGUGACAUAAUUGAAGCACUUAAGUAUUUUGAGCCAAUUUGCAAAAUUAAACAAGAUAAUAUUUCUAGUAAUGGUGAUCAUAAAUUGGAAGACACUGCCAAGCAAGUACCGGUAUUCAAGAUCCUAGUUAUACGAAAAUCAGAUCACAAGCAUCAGGCUAUGAAAACAUUUAUCAAAAAGCUAAAAGAGCAUAUGAUUAUUAAUGAUUUUUGCAAAGUUUGUGACCGCAAAAUAAACUUUGAGCCAAAAAAAGAAAAAUAUAGGGAGUUGGAACAAAAUAGUACAUCAUACGAUCAACAUGUUAAAACAUUUCAACACAAACUGAUCAGGGGGCAAAAUGAAGAAUUUAGAGAGAGGAGAGAAUUACUGGAAGAAAAAGUGAAGCUUGCCUUUAAAAGCAUAAAGCAGUUGCUUCAUUCACCUUAUUUACUACCAGAUGAUGAUAUUACUUUAAUAAAAUUUCAUGAUCAGUUAUCAAGCAUAUUUCACCAAGCUAAUGAGUUUGAUCACAUAUAUAGUAGACCUAAAACUACCUAUCUCGAUUUAGAAAAAAUGGAAUCUGAUUACAAAAGUAGAUCUCGUCAUCAUACAUCAGAAUAUAAAGAACUGUUUGAGGAGUUAAAGAAAAUUCAACAAGGUCUACAAAUGGUUUCAAAAAAUAUUCAAAUUGCCUCUCAGUUGCAGAAACAUGAAAGUGAUAGUUCCAGGCUCCGAGAACCUAUUGAAGCUAAUGCUGUUGUACUAGAUCUUUUAGGUAGAAAAAUGAAGUAGAAAUAACUUAUUAGUUAAGCUAUUAUCCUUAAUAUUGUGCUAGAUCCAUGCUGCUAUAGUAUUAUACAUAAUUUUUGUUUGUGCCGCUAUUGAGUGUAUGUGACUAAAAAAGAGAACCUUUAGCUCUAGAUAGACUAGAUAGUACAUUAUAACUGAACUCAUUGACUUAAGAUUUAAUGUCAUGUUAUAAAUUAAAAGUGAAUAUUUAUAGUGAGUUCGGUUUUGUGGCUAUGAAUGUUCCUAAAUCCA